GUGAUGCAUCUUUCGUUCUGCACCCAGGACUGUGUACAUAGUGUGCACAGCUUGAUUCUCCACUAUUCUCAGCCGUCCGAAAGGUAGAAUUCGUUAGAGGCCCGAUUCACGCACUCUUUUUUACCACCUUUCCUCCAAUUCGGCACCUUGACCCUGCCUUCGCUUCUUGGAUAAUAUGUACCAUCCGGCGCCUGGACCAUCUAGCCCGAUAAACCCAGGCAUGCACCAUCACCAGCGUCUCAGUCCUAUCCCUGUAUCAGAGAGCAAUGCUUCUAAGCAGCGUCCAGAUGACUACGUCUAUUUCGAGCGCUCGACAUCCAGUUUCUCAGCAGAGGCCGUUGCUCGCUCGACCGCGGCGAAGCUCAAACUGGUGUCAUACUACAAGAUGGCGGUGGACUCUGCAAUCGAAAGGAAUGCACGUCGCAUAGAGCUCGAAACAAGGUUAACUCAGACUCUGACUCCCGAUGCCAAAGAGCGUGAAAUACGCAAAUAUUCCAAGAUGGAAUCUCAACACCUCAGGCUCAGACGGACCAAGAUUAAGUUGGCCGAUUUCCGUACAGUCAAGGUCAUAGGGAAAGGUGCAUUUGGAGAGGUUCGGCUAGUCCAGAAGGUAGACACUGGAAAGGUGUACGCGAUGAAGAGUCUGCAGAAGGCUGAGAUGUUGAAACGAGAUCAGCUGGCCCACGUUCGAGCAGAACGAGACGUCCUCGCCGAGUCCACAUCUCCGUGGGUCGUACAACUGUUCUACUCUUUCCAAGAUCCCCUGUACCUGUACCUCAUCAUGGAAUUUCUUCCUGGAGGCGAUCUGAUGACCAUGUUGAUGAAAUACGACGUGUUUUCUGAAGAUGUAACACGGUUUUACAUGGCAGAGUGUAUACUCGCCAUUGAAGCCGUACAUAAUCUUGGGUAUAUCCAUCGUGACAUUAAACCAGAUAAUGUCCUUAUCGACAAGAACGGACAUUUGAAACUAUCAGAUUUCGGUUUAAGUACAGGUCUUCAUAAGGUGUCUGACGGGGAAUUCUACAAACGAUUCCUAGAGCAGGAGAAGACUCGUGAUCCUGCUCGGAACAGUGUGCAGGUCAAUCCCAUCAACUUAACAAUGAGUCGCGAGCAGAUUGCCACAUGGAAAGCAAACCGCCGGAAACUCGCGUACUCCACUGUUGGUACCCCAGAUUAUAUUGCGCCAGAAGUCUUCUUGAUGAAGGGGUACGGAAAGGAGUGUGACUGGUGGUCGUUAGGCGCCAUUUUUUUCGAAUGUUUAGUCGGAUAUGCUCCUUUCUGCUCCGAAAAUCCUGGCGAUACAUACAAGAAAAUUAUUGACUGGCCGAAUUACCUUUUCUUCCCCGAUGAAGUCUACAUCUCGAGAGAGGGAGAAGAUCUCAUUCGAAAGAUGAUGACAUGGGCCCAAAAUCGACUGACGGUAACGCAAAUCAAGACACAUCCCUUCUUCUUCGGUGCGGACUGGACUUCCCUCCGAAACAUCGAGCCACCCUUUGUUCCUCACCUCAAAUCUAUCACGGAUACAUCCUAUUUCCCAACGGACGAUCUUGGCAACCUCCCGGACCAAUUGGACCAAGUAGAGUCUGUUGGCGCAGAAAAGGACCUGGCGUUCUUAGGAUUCACGUUCAAACGUUUCACUGGCGGCCCACAAGCGUCAGGUUAAUUAUUACUUCUCGGGACCGGACCACUAUCUUUGCUUUGCAUUGCUGUCUUGUCUUUGUUAGUUUACCGCAACCAACCACGCACGCCCAAUGGUAUAUGUAUGUACGGCACAAUUCACACAACUCUCUUGUAACAACGCACCCCAGAAAGGAUAUUUUUUUCAAGCACGGAUGAUUGUACUUUUCAAUCUUUGUGUAUGUCCAAUAUUCUUGUCAUACUAUGGUUGUUCUUGCAUAUCGUUGGCUUCUAUGAAUUUGGAAUGCAUAAAAAUCAGUACUAGUGGAAUGAAUUCGCUUUUCUAACGAGCACAGCCAUCGAUAUAGCCGCAUUCUGUUUUGUAC